AUGACUAGAACUCUAUCAUCCUGGGUACCUGCCCUGCUGCUCAUAAGUGCAACGGUCACUCAGGCAGUACUUGAUCUUCACAAUACUCACAUACGAACCGAAGUCUCGGGCAGACGUAUCGAUAACUUGGUAUCGGGACUCGACUGGCAACGACGGGAUACAGAAGCACUCAACGUACCUGCUGCCGAGCAAGCCAGUGCACUGGACAAUGGAAACAUCGCCGCCAGGCUUGCACAGAACGGCCUGGACGCAAACGCCUUGUUGAAUGGGCUCGCGCAAGGCCAAGGACAAGGCCAAAGGAGUGGCAACGGAGACAUUAACACGAAUGAUGUCGGUGGAGACCUCGCAAACCAGAUCGCCGGUGGGGGCUCUACGAGCGUUGACGACAUCCUUAUUGGGCUUAACGGGCAAAAGCAGAGUACAUCAGCAAACCAGACUAGCAACCCGCAGCCGCAGGGCCAGAGUGGUGCGCAAGGAACGACACAGGGUGCCAACCAAGGAGCAGCAGGUGAUAUCAAGUCGAGCGACAUUGCUGGAGAUCUUGCAAACCAGCUGGCCCCCAGACCCGGUUCUAGUCAGAGUGGCAGCGCCGAUAUUGCUGGAGAUCUAGCGAAUCAACUCGCACCGAACGGACAAGGCCAACUACCAUCCCAGUCUGGAGCACCACAAAAUGGUAGUAACUUUCAAACUAUUCAGAUAGUUCAGACUAUCGUCACUCAACCCAAUGGCCAGGAGAUCGCAGCAACGCUUGUCGAGGCACCGCCGCAGGGAGCGGCCGAAGCGACACCUCCCGCUGGAGAAGCGCCAGCAGCAGCCUCGCCAGCAGCCCCAGCUGAAGCGACAUCAGCAUCAUUACCAGCAGCUGGAGAAGCCACUGCCAUAUCGUCAUCAACCGCCGCAAAAGCAUCAGCUGAAGCGUCUGCUUCAGUACCGGCUGAGGCAGAGGCACCAACUACGUCGUCUUCAGCUAAAGGGGAAGCGCCGGCAGAAGCAGCACCCGCAUCUUCGCUAGCCAAGGGAGAAGCAUCAGCUUCGUCAUCCGCUGCCGGAGAAGCCUCAGCUGCAUCGUCGAAAGCUGCGGCCGAGGCACCAGAGGCAGCCACUGCAUCAGCAUCAUCUGCCGUCGUUGAGAAGCCAGCAGAAGCUCCCGCUUCGUCCAAGGCGGUAAAGACAGUUUUCCCCGCUGGAAAGUCAGCUCUGCCAAAAGUGACCCCUAUUCCCUGGACGAAUGCGCCUUCCCAGAUGGGAGGUAUGGCUGCUGGAAACUCAAGCAGCAUGGGUGCUAAAGGGGCCGCUAUGCCCGCUGCUGAGCCUAUGCAGACAGCCAGUCUAGCGGAAAGCAAGAACUCUACUGGUUCAGCAGCCGCCAUGGCACCUGCAGCUGCUGUAACUGUAUCAGCCGGAUCAGAGCUCGCAGCUGGCGCUCAAGGUGCUUCAAACUCUACUUCCACCAGUACUGCAGCGAUCGACUCGGCCAAGCUUACGGCCGGAGGUCUUGCUGCAACGACAACAACUGCAGCUCAGAGCCAAGUCGCAGCCGGUGCGCCUGCACCUACGCCCGUUGAAGAGCCUCUGCCUUUCGAUAUCAGCACUGUUGCGCUACAGAGUCGAGUCACGGUAAAUCUCGGAAGGAGGUUGGUAAAGCCGACGCCGGAGGUUCAGGCAGCGAUGUGGUGGUGGUAG